UCGGAACGAGCGUCGGCGUCCAACAGAAAACAGAAAGCGUCCAGAGAGGGAAAGCUCACACAAACAAAGAUAUAGAAAUCUAGAGAGAGAAAGCUUUCUCUCUCUAUAUCUCUAUCUCUCUCUCUUCUCUUCCUAUAACUUCCAACUUUUCUCUGUUUCUCUCUGUACAGAUCUUGGAUUCAAAACCCUGGCCUUCUGUGUGUAUAUAUGUAUCUGCAUUCUCAUUUUCUUGAGGAUUUGAUUCGGUUUUGGAAGAGUUUGUGAACAUAAGAUUUGGAAUUCGAUUUGGUUUGGUUUGAGCUUUAAUGGUGAAAUAUUAUUGAAUCUGAAUUACUUCGAAUUGUGCAACGGUCAGAUUUCUUGGUCUGAUGGCGACGACGGCGGGGAUUCUACCGUUUUCUCUGGCGUCCGUUGUUGAGGAUGUUCUUCAGCAGCAUGGGAAGAGACUCGGCGACAUCAAUUUGGCAUCGAGGAAGGCCGAGGAAGCUUCCGUGAGAAGAUAUGAAGCAGCUGGGUGGCUAAGAAAGAUGGUUGGAGUUGUCGGGGGUAAGGAUUUGCCAGCUCAGCCUUCAGAAGAAGAAUUCAGGCUUGGGUUACGAAGCGGAAUAAUCCUUUGUAAUGUCCUCAACAAGGUUCAACCCGGUGCUGUACCAAAAGUAGUUGAAGCCUUUUCUGAUUCUGUUAAUGUUACUGAUGGAGCAGCUCUAUAUGCAUUUCAAUACUUUGAAAAUGUAAGAAACUUCCUUGUAGUUGUGGAGGAAUUGGGGCUUCCUACCUUUGAAGCCUCUUUUCUGGAACAGGGAGGAAAAUCUUCAAGGAUUGUGAAUUGUGUACUAGCACUGAAAUCCUACCAUGAAUGGAAACAAGGGGGUGGAAAUGGAACGUGGAAAUUUGGUGGAAACCUGAAAUCCUCUGGGAAGCACUUUGUACGGAAAACCUCAGAACCAAUCCUGAGUUCUUUAAGGCACUUGUCAAGUGAGAAGUCUCUUGAUAGUUUGUGUAGCGAGCAAUCCUCAUGCAGUGAUCUUGGGAUUGACCUCAGUGAAAUGGGUAACACUCAUUCCUUGCAUUUGCUUGUCCGCGAACUUCUUUGGGAUAAGAAGCCAGAAGAAAUUCCAACUAUUGUGGAGAAUAUGCUAGGCAAAGUUAUGGAGGAGUAUGAGCAUCGUGUAGCAAGCCAAAAUGAACAGAUGAAAACUACUCCGGGAGAUGUGGAUGUCUCUAGCCCUAACAAGUCUCUCCCAAAAUCUUCUUCUGGGGAAAUCGAGAUGGAAGACAAAGAGACCACAAAGAUUAUAAAAGAGGAAAGCUUAAACAAAGAGGAUAUUCAUGAUGAAAGUUCAAAAGCCCCAGUUCUGAAGCAGCAGAUGCUUGUUGAACGACAACAUAGAGAUAUACAGGAAUUGAAACAUACUCUUCAUACUGCAAAAGCAGAUAUGCAGUUUUUGCAAAUGAAGUAUCGAGAGGAGGUCAACAAUUUAGGUAUGCAUUUGCAUGGUCUAGCUUGUGCUGCGUCAGGAUACCAGAGAGUUCUUGAGGAAAACCGCAAGUUAUACAAUCAAGUGCAAGACCUCAAAGGAAGUAUUAGGGUGUACUGUCGAGUGCGACCUUUCUUGCCUGGGCAAGCAAACCGUGUGAAUGCUGUGGAUCACAUGGAUGAAGGAAGCAUCACAAUUAUCACCCCUUCAAAAUAUGGAAAAGAUGGACGAAAAUCAUUCACUUUCAACAGAGUUUUUGGUCCAUAUGUAACACAAGAAGAGGUAUUUGCAGACACGCAACCUCUGAUUCGGUCUGUCCUUGAUGGUUACAAUGUUUGUAUAUUUGCAUAUGGCCAAACAGGAUCAGGGAAAACUCAUACUAUGACUGGACCCAAAGAGCUUACCCCGGAAAGUGUAGGUGUGAACUACAGGGCAUUGGGUGAUUUAUUUUUCAUCUCAGAACAGAGAAAAGACAGCUUUUCCUAUGAAGUUUCUGUUCAGAUGAUUGAGAUUUACAAUGAGCAAGUCAGGGAUCUCCUUGCCGCAGAUGGUUUUAACAAAAGAUUAGAAAUUCGUAACAGUUCUCAGAAGGGAUUAAAUGUGCCAGAUGCAAACGUUGUACCAGUUUCUUCAACAUCUGAUGUUAUUAAUUUAAUGAACCUUGGGCAGAAAAAUCGUGCAGUGAGUUCUACAGCUAUGAAUGAUCGUAGUAGUCGUUCUCAUAGUUGCCUCACUGUUCAUGUUCAAGGAAGAGAGCUAGCAUCUGGGACAAUUAUUCGUGGUUGUAUGCAUCUGGUAGAUCUGGCUGGGAGUGAAAGAGUUGAUAAAUCUGAGGUGGUUGGAGAUCGAUUAAAGGAAGCACAACACAUCAACAAAUCUCUUUCUGCCUUAGGAGAUGUGAUAUCUUCCCUUUCUCAAAAGAAUUCACAUGUUCCCUAUAGGAACAGUAAACUAACACAAUUGCUCCAGGAUUCACUGGGAGGGCAAGCCAAAACUCUAAUGUUUAUUCACAUCAGUCCGGAACCCGAUGCUGUAGGAGAAACACUUAGUACACUUAAAUUUGCUGAGCGGGUUUCAACUGUUGAGCUUGGUGCUGCUCGAGUUAAUAAAGAUGGUGCAGAUGUCAAAGAGCUGAAGGAACAGAUUGCUAGCCUUAAGGCAGCCUUGGCAAGGAAGGAAGGAGAACCUGGAAAUCUUCAGCAAUCCACAUUCAGCAGCCCAGACAGACAGAGUAUGACGUCUGCUGCGUCUUCCCCUGCACAUCCUUGUUGGCAGAGUCCAGGGGAUGUGUCAAGCGGUCGAAGGCAAACAAUGGACGAUGCUGGUAAUGUAGAGGUUAAGAACAACACUACAUCAAAGCUCAAAAGUGCAAGCUUAGAUCAUCAAGACUUCUUAUUGCAUUCACAUGCCUGGCCACCUGUUAGUUGUGCGGUAUUGAAGGAAGACGAGAAAGUAGCAGGUAAUUGCGGUGAUUGGGUUGAUAAGGUCAUGGUAAAUAAGCAAGCUGGUGAUCUAGGAGGUAGUGAUGAAAACCCGCCAGCACAUUGGGAAGAAGACAACAAACAGCUACCUCAGAUGUUGAAUCGGAGACCUGCUCUUGACCCAUUGAAGAUAUACCCUGAACAACCUUUAAUUAACAGAAAGGACAGCCAAGAUAAUGGGAAUAGGUAUGAGACAGCCACCACCACCACCGAUGAGUCUGAUGACCUGGAUGCCACAACAAGUGAUUCUUCCGAGACAGACUUGCUUUGGCAACUCAAUAAUCUUCCCACAGUAACCAACAUCCCAAAUGGUGCGCUUGUAUCAAAACUUAAGAGACCCAGUCCAAGACAAUUGCAAGUGAAGAGCCCAGAAAUCAGGAGUUUAAUUCCAGCACCAUCAACACGGAGGCUCUCCAAUGGUUACACUUCACCAUUGCCCAAGACUGGAAGGCAUACAGUUCCUGUUGAUGGGAAGAGAAAAAUAGGGAGUGGAAAAUGAGAAUGUGCUGUUACGGAGAAGUGAUGAAGUGAUUUUGGUGUUUUUUUUUUUUUCUUUCUUUCUUUCUUUCUUUCUUUUUUUUUUUUUCACUGUGAAUUAGUUAGGUAGAGAAAGAGUGGUUGUUCCACCAAUGGAAGUGGCAAUAACUGCAGAUGCCUACGAUUCUCCCUUGGUGAUCCCUGAGAGGUGGAUGUCCAACUUAGGUAUUUCGAUUUGUUUAUACAGGUGUUGGUUUAUUUGAAAUUUUCAUUUUUUGGUUUUUAAAGAAGGAAAAACCAAAAGAGAAAACAAGAGAAAAAAUGAAUACAUCAUAUAGUUUCGUCUUCUUAUUUCUAUAUCGCGGUUGCUAUUGUGUUUAUAGUUCUAAGCAAACUAUGAUAUGAAUUUUGAAUUGGGUAAUGUAACAAACAAGUUGAAAAA